GUCUGUUGUCAUUAGUAUUAACAUCAUUGCUUGUAUCUUAAAUAAACACCAAGACUCUGAAGGAGCUUUUGGGACUGUUCUUCAAACUUCAAGACGUGGUUUCUACAUUCUUCCUUAACCAAUCCGUUGUUAGCGGGAGGAGUCCCACUAGUGGACCUGAGGGACGGAUAGCGGUGUUUCACGAGUUCGGUGGAGCGUUUGACGACUCCGAAGGUCCGAGGUCCGGUGGGGGGCUUAUUGGGGGUGUCGUCUCGGGUACAAGAGAGCGACAUGCUCCCGCCUCAGAGAAUCGCGGGCCGAGAGCGAAGAGCGUUUCAGUGGCGGAACUCCUCACCGUGGACCACGUGCGUGAGAGUGGCGUGUUGCAGUCGCCUGCGCUUUAUGUGGUUCACUCUGAUGUUCCUGACAGUCCUCUGCGUGGCGCUGCAGAUGCUGGGAGUCGUCCGACAGGCCAGGAGCGCCAAGGUUUUGAAACUUGUGAGUGAGCAGCUGGUCAGAAUGCCUGCAGAGAUCCACAGGCCCAUAAAGCGCAAAGACUGGGAAAACCUUUGGUCUGUCUCAGCAGCCGUUGCUGAGGAACCAGUGGACCAGCAUCCUUUCAUACAGAGAAGAGAUGAGAGUGAAAACCCUCGUUCAGAAGAGAGAAGGGAACAAGUCUUGGAGGAUACAAGAAAAAAGCUUACUAGCACCAAAAAAGCAGCUCCACCAAUAGAGGCGAAUAAACUCUGGCUUGGCCAAGAAUUUCCAAACCAGCCACAGAGGCCAGCUUUCCCCAAAAGGACCCCAGAAAUGAAAAAACCACCACACUCUGAUGACAAUAAUGAUAAAUAUAGAGUAAAAUCACAAGCUGACAACACUGUCAUGUGUCAGCCCAAAAAGCACAUCGUCUUCCUCAAGACACACAAGACUGCCAGCAGCACCAUACUGAACAUUCUCUAUCGUUAUGGGGAAAGCCAUAACCUGACAUUUGCCUUGCCGCUGAACAUGCACAGCCAGUUAUUUUACCCAGCAUUCUUUGCAGCACACUUUGUGGAGGGUGUCAGGACUCGCAGUGUGAAGGAGUUCCACGUCCUAUGCAAUCAUAUGAGAUUCAGCUCACAAGAGGUGAGAAAAGUGAUGCCUAAAGACGCAUUCUACUUUUCCAUUCUUCGGAAUCCAGUGGCGAUGAUGGAAUCCCUGUUUGUUUACUACAAAGCGAUCCCAGCUUUCCGUGCUGUCAAAAGUCUUGAGGAGUUUCUGAUCCAGGGUGGGCGGAGCUACAACGCCUCUGUGCCUAAUAACCACUAUGCACGUAACAUUUUGACCUUUGACUUUGGUCUGGAUAAUACAGCACCUGAGAACGACACCGAGCUGGACAGACGUAGCGCCGAGGUCAUCGCCGCCAUGGAACGUGACUUUCCGCUAAUCCUCAUCUCGGAGUAUUUCGAUGAAUCGCUGGUGCUUCUAAAACAUGCCCUCUGCUGGUCACUGGAUGAUGUUUCAUCUUUCCGCCUCAAUAGUCGCAGUGAACGCUCUCGCAGGCCCUUGAGCGCAGAGAUAGCAGAUCGAGUAAAAGAGUGGAAUUCACUAGACUGGCGAUUAUACCAGCACUUUAAUGCCACUUUCUGGAAACGCAUAGACUCCACACUUGGGCGGACGAAGCUCCAACAGGAAGUUGAACUUCUGAGGGCGAAGAGGAGGAAUCUUGAGCAAAUGUGUCUUCAGGAAGGAGGGGCAGUAGAUCCUGCGCAGGUCCAGGAUUCAUCACUGAAGCCGUUUCAAUAUGGCGCAGCAGUUAUUCAAGGUUAUAACCUCCGACUGGAGUUAAAUAAUGACACUCGUCAGCUUUGUCAGAGGUUGAUUACACCUGAACUACAGUACACCUCAGCUUUGUACACCAAACAGUUCCCUCAGCUGGCAGCCGCGCGUGCCGCUGCUGCAAAAAAGAUUGCGGCUUCCAGAAACACUGCAACACACAGAGCUGUUAAGCGCAAUAUUGAGACAAAUGUUCACACAGCAAUGUCGAACAAUACCUCACAUAACAAUACAAAUAAAGCCAUUGUGGAUGAACAUAGCUUACACAUUUUAGCUAACUCUGUUGUUCAUAAUGAGAGACAAAACAAUUUUGAUGCAAAAAAACAGUAUAAAGAAAUAAAAAGAAACACAUAAACAUACCACACAAAAACAGUUUAUAAACUCAAACAUACAUAAGGAACCACAAGAACCUGGUUUACUGAGAUGAAUUCAUCAAUUAGAACUCAUAACAGAAAUAAUUAACUAGGGAGCAGUCAGAAAUGAACUCAUUAAAAGAUUUGGCUGGCAAAAAAUCUCUGCUGUCCAACGUAAAUAGUGUAACAAUGUAUGAAGCACAGCUCAUAUAAAAGUUACUUUCAAAGCAAGCAAUGUUUUGUUGGUGAACGCAGGACAUUCACGUUACCAACUUGAAAAAAAAGGGAACUUUUUCGCCCUUGCUGACUCCUGAUUUUGGGUAUCGUUUAAAUUUGAUCAAUUCCGAUUCUACUUAUCGAUUCUGAUUCUUAUCGAUUUCCAGUUUUGAUUCCAAUGUGGUUAAAAAAAUGAAGUCAAACAUUUAGAUAUCAAACAGAUUUAUUCUGU